CGCACACGCACACGCACACGCACACGCACACGCACACGCACCGCACGCGCACGCGCACGCGCACGCGCACGCAAACGUCGCGCACGACCCUUCUACGACGCAACACCGUCCCUCCGUAUCCUUCCCCCACGUGCACGACAGAGUAAAGUUCGACUUUUAUCAUUGAUUCCAUCGCAUGUAUGCGCUGGAACGCGCCCAUCGUGUCCGACUCGUGAGAGACGCUACGCAACAAGGGCAGUAGGAGAAUUGAAAGGGAUAAGAGAGGUGCUGGAAAGAAAGGAGGAAAGAAAAAGAAGGGAAGAGAGGUGGAAGAUGGAGAGACGGAUGAAGGAAGAAAGGAGAAUGGAAAAGAAGAAAGAAGCAACGGCUUGGGGAAGGGAGACGAAAAGGGGGAGAACAGGAAGAGAGAGGAAGGAGGCAAGAGAUGGAAGAGAGAAGGAGACAGAGGGAGGAGGAGACAAAGAAGUCCAGUGGAAAGAGGAAAAAGCGGAGGAGAGAAGAAGAGGAGAGGAGAGACGAAAGAUGGAAGAAAGGAGGGAGAGGGAGAAGAGAGAAGCGAGGAGGAGAGGUACGUCAGAGAGCGUGACGGGGAGAAAGAUAAGAAAGAAGCGAAAGAAGCGAGAAGAGGGAAGCAAGAGGUAG